AGUACUAGAUACAAACCAAACAACACCCUAGGAGACAAGGGAGAUAAAAGGUGCUGCACAAGGAGGAUCGGGGUUAGUCCUCGGCUGGCUCCCGGGUUCAAGACUUGCUGAACGAUCGACCACAUCGGAGCAACGCAUCUUUGAACUUAACUAACUAACUAAAGAGACGGAGCAAAUGAACAAGCCUAACAUUGCAGAAAGAGAAGUCCAACAACCUAAAGCCGAAACGAGAGUGUCAAGCAGAGGAGGAUUAACCAUUUCCACCCGGCUUUAGGAUUCCAAUUGAUCUCCAAGGAUCACUCUUUUGUUCACCCUGCCAUCAGAGACUGCACUGGUCAGAGACUUUGCGGACUUCGGACAAAGUCGGAAGUUUCAACAGAAACCAACAGUACGGCAGGCAAAGGAUGGACUGAAUUGGUCGUACACCCGAAGGGGUCUUCCCUCUCUCUCUUCAAACUGGACAUUCAACCAUUCAGCUACAGCCUUUUCACCAGGUUUAAUGGGGAGCCACACUCCUACACACGUUUCAACUUGACCCAGAACAUGGAAGGUGAUAACAGCCAGGUGGAGAUGAAGCUGUCGUCUGACAUGGAUGAGGAAGUUGGGGGAAAUGGCGUUGGAGAUCACCUCAAUCACAGCUCCAACCGCAAACCCCAUGUGGCUCAGAAGCUUGGAUGCACACCCAAGAACCUGUGCAUCUUGGCAGCUGCCACCCUCCUCAUCUUUAUUAUUGGCUACUUGAUUGGCUAUCUGGUGCAUCAGAAAAAGGAAUUGGCUCAAAGCUGUGCAGCCUCCGUGCUUCCUUUGGAAGAACCUGUUCCUCACGAGACAGGUGCUGCUCCCCUCAUGGACUGGGACGAUGUGAAAAAGCUCUUCGCUCAAAAACUCACUGUAGCCAACUUUGAAUCUGUCUUCAGUGAGUUUUCCAGUGACGAACACCGGGCUGGUUCUCCAGGUGAUGAUGCUCUGGGGAACAAGGUGCUCAAGAAGUUUAACAAGUACGGCAUGAACACAUGGACCAAUGAGUACUUUGUUAAAGUUCAAGACCCCCCUGCUUCCGGCUCCAACAGAGUUGUUUUCAAGAAUGGAAGUAAUACAGAGUAUCCAAAAGGACUCCUGUCCUACAGUGCCAUAGGAACAGUAACGGGUGCUGUCUUGUAUGCGGGUUAUGGGCAGGAAAUUGACUUCAUGUUACUGCAGGACAGGAACAUCAACCUGUCUGGCAGGGUGAUGCUGGUCAAGGCUGGUAAGAUCAGCUUUGCUGAAAAGGUAGCCAAUGCUGCCAAAAUGAAUGCCUCUGCUGUGUUGAUCUAUCCUGACCCCGCCGAUGACGCUUUCGAAGAAGACACUGAGCUCUAUGGACAUGUCCACAUGGGUUCAGGGGAUCCCUACACCCCAGGCUUCCCCUCCUUCAACUACACCCAGUUUCCCCCUGUCCAGUCUUCUGGCCUGCCAAAAAUUUUGGCUCAGACCAUCACAGCAGGCAUGGCUACCAAAAUUCUGAGGGAGCUGGGGGGUCAGAAUGUGCCACAAGCGUGGGGAGGAAUCUACAAACUGGGAGAAGAGAAAGAUCUUAUUACUGUGGACGUCAACAAUGUUCUUACUGAGAAGAAGAUACAUAAUGUCUUCGGGGUCAUCAAAGGCUUUGUGGAUACAGAUCGAUAUCUGGUCAUCGGUGCCCAGAGGGACGCUUGGGGUCCAGGUUUUGCUUCAUCGACUGUCGGCACCAGUGUCCUUGUUGAGCUGGCACGCUCCAUCUCUGACAUGGUGAAGAACGAUGGAUUCAAGCCAAGGCGAAGCAUUGUGUUUGCCAGCUGGAGUGCUGGAGAAUAUGGGAGUGUUGGCGCCACCGAGUGGUUGGAGGGUUAUCUCUCUUCUCUGAGCAUGAAAGCAUUCACCUACAUCAACCUGGAUGGCGUUGUAGCAGGUCGGAACGGAUUUAAAGUAGCAGCCAGUCCCUUGCUGUACAGCUUGAUCAAGAGCUCUCUAAAGGAGGUGAGGUCUCCAAACAAGGCCCCUUCUCUCUCUUCUGAAUUUGCAGGGGGCAACUGGGAAACAAAUGUAUUGGAGCCUCUGAAGUUGGAUAAUGCUGCAUAUCCCUUCCUUGCCUUUUCUGGAAUACCCUCAGUAUCAUUUAGAUUCACCCCUGGGAAGUCAGAAUACCUGUAUUUUGGCACAAUGCGGGACACCCGACAGAAACUGAACGGGGUCACGUCCAACUCGGUUCCUCAGGUGGCUGUAAUAGCGUCCCAGUUCGCAGGUCACAUGGCGCUGAGGCUGGUCCAUGAUCACCUCCUGCGGAUGGACCCAACAAGGUACUACGAUAUUUUACGUACUCAUGUGGGUCAGAUCAACACGAAAGUCAAGGCUGUUCAGAGGGUGCAGCCCCAGCUGUUGCCCAAGUCACUGACGGUGCAGUGGUUGAUCUCUGCCUCUGGCUCAUACAACCGUGCCUCUCGCAGCCUGUUAGCAGACGUCCAGAACAGCGACCUGGACAACAUCGAGAUGUGCCGCAUCAUUAAUGACCGCAUCAUGUCGGUGGAAAGGAACUUCCUGUCACCCUUUGUGUCUCCCAGAGAGAGUCCUUUCCGCCACAUCCUGCUGGGCUCCGGCAGUCACACUCUCCAGGCUCUGUCCAACCACCUCGAAGCCCUCAGGACUACCAACCCUGAGGCAGAUGCUGAUCUGUUCCGCAACCAGUUUGCCCUGGCGACCUGGACCCUUCAGGGCUGUGCCAACUCACUAGCAGGGGAUAUCUGGUCUUUGGAUAAUGAAAUAUAAAAAGUAAUUUCCUCCCUCCUCCCUUGUUCAUGGUUUGGCCCUCUUAGUGCAGCUGGCAGUGUGAAAACCAGUAGGCUGUGAUUAUUAACAGUCACAGAUGCAGUUUUUUUUUUCUUAAAUUAACAUAGCUGAUUGAGGAAGUGAUAAAAGUGGAGCUGUUUCAAAAUACCAACAUUUAGUAAUCAACUCUGUUCCAUAAUUUUCAAAAUUUCAAUAAGCUGCCUCAUCUCCCUUCUUUCUAAAAUUCUCCAUAAAGUCAAAUAUUCAUGAUAAAUUGUACUUAAACCUUCAGCCUUAACAAAAAGAAUGUUUAGAAGGUCAUUGUCAAUAAUGUAUAAUUAUCGGGAGCAGUGCCUUCCAUAAUUAUGACUACUGUCGAAUUGACAAAAGCAGCAUCUGCUAAAAGAAGUGUACAUGUUGACCGAUGGCCAGUACUGAACACAGAACAAUCUGGCACCUCUAAGCAAACCACACAACUGAGGUAAUUAUUUUUAUUUUUGUUUAUUUUUAUACUUAAACCUUCUACAAGUUGGGUGCCUGGUUAGCUCAGUCAGUAGAGCUGGCGACCCAUAUACAGAGUUACUGCAGUGGCCUGGGUUCGAGUCUGACCUGUGGCCCUUUGUUGCUUUGUCAUCCCCUCUCUCUAUCCCCCUUCCCUGUCUAUCUUCAGUUGUCUCUGUCCAAAUAAAGGCAUGAAAAGGCCCAAAAAAAAACUACUAAAGGGGUUUUUAACUCGACUCAAUGAAACUAUAGCGCUUUUGUCCACAGGGGCCACCAGAAUCACAUUAAAUGAAAGUUCCUUGUAGCUGCUUUAACUGACACUGGAUUGGUCUUUUAGGCAAGGUCAUUUCAUAUAUCACACCUUGGAAAAUAUAAACCGAACACCUCUGUUUGUCAGUACCAGUCCCUUGGUCCAUGCACACCUCUCGUCCUCACAACAUUAUCGGGAGCAGUGUCUUCCAUAAUGUGAAAAAAGAAGGUAGUUUUUGCCUACCAGUGUGUGUCCGUAUCGGAGGCAGUGCCCUCCAUAUUUCACUGUAGGGGUGGAUGUUUUUAUUAUCGGGAACAGUGUUUCCCAUAAUGUGUAUAUAUACAGUACAUUGCUACACCAUGCACUUGUUGUCUGCAUCUUUAAAAGCCUUCUAUGACGUUUCCAUGCUAAAGUAGUUUCCUCUAAGGCCUGAAGCUUCUGCCCACAGAUCUAAAGGAUAGUGAUGAGUUUUAUCGUCUGCUCUUCUGAAAACAUGUCCCAUCUGUCUCCUUACUGAGGUGAAGAAGUUACAGUUCCAGGUUCUUUUUUUUUGUUUUUUUUAGUUUUGUUUAGUGAGCAGUUUGCCUCAUUUUAAUCAAGCGCUAAUAGUGUGUUGUCUUUUCUUUGAUUCAGUCAGUGUGAAAGUACAUUCUGCUUUCAAUUGUGUUCAGAAAUUUCCUUGUGCCUUUAUUUCAUGACUGCGUUUGCUUCUACACACAGUACAGAACUUAAAGAGGUUUUGGAGAAUGUAUAUUUGGCUUGUUUUAGUUUUAGUUUUGACAUUUCUGUAUCAAGUAUCUGUAUAUAGAAUCAAAUGUUACUGGGUUAAAGGCCUGUUAUGCUCCAACACUGUUAGAAGUUAAAAAGUUACCAGAAGAAUGAAAAUUGUGAAACACGAUUGGACAAAAUCAAUGUAAAUGGGAUUUAAGAUUUCACAAGGAAUGUUGCAGUACUUGAGGUGGACCUCUUUUAGCUAAUCUACAAAGUUUGGUCACUCGUUGUUUUCACGUUUUUUUUAUAUUUUAUUUUAACUUUUUAAACUUUUACAAAAAAUAUACCUACCUGUAUCAUGAUACAGUCAGGAGUAUGAAUAGAAAACAAAACAAAAUAAAAAGAACAAACACACGCACACACACACUCACAAAAAAACAAAACAAACAA